UAGCAUUGAGCACCGUCAAGCGACAAGACUCCAACCAGACGUAGGGCUUUCGGAUGGAUCAGGCAGGUCCAGAGAGAAGAGGCAGUCACACUGGAAACAGAACACCGGUACCUUUUUUACGCACCUUAGAUCAGAGUAUGAAAUAAUAAGUUUCUAUACUUUAUAGCCUUGUUUAUCUAAUUUGUCAGUUUUAUAAGCAGACUUAAAGCUUAUCCCAAAAUGUUACUAACUUUAAGGGACCGGGUUAAUGCAUAAAAUACCUUUUGGUAUUGGUGGGUUAUUCUAUAUGUCCAACAGGGAGCCGUUUGGGAUUCAUAUAUAUAUAUUCACAUAUAGUGAAGUGCUCAAGGGAAGCUCAGGUGAGCGCAAAGUUUGCGCUAGAGUUAAUGUGCGUCUCAUCCAUGUCAAGUUUGGCACUCGAAUGCGCUCGAAUGUGUGAAAAAGAGACCGGACAACGGUAAAUUAGGACUGUGAAGAGACAUCGUAGUUACGUGCUAGUAUAUGUUUUGGGUUUUUUUCGUUAUGGAAAUGAGCGUGCGUAACUCGCUCCCUGAUGGUAAAGCGGACGGGCUCGGAGACCGUACCGGCCAUGCGACGGACAUCAAGGUGACGCUCUCGCACCGAGGCAAGCAGAUAAAGUCGAUCAGUGUUGACAGUUUGUACUCACUUAAAGAGAGAACGUUGCUGCUGGAGGACAAGCAGCGCCUUUGCGCCUGUGCGCUCGGAGCCGCUCUUCUCGGCGUCCUGCUCAUGAUUCUGCACGUCGAGCUCUGUCCAGCCGUGUACCUGCCGGGGUCCAUCUAUGCCCUCUGUAUAAACUGCCUCAUCAGCUUCUCCACUGGCUGUCUGCUAAUCCUUAUCAUCGCCUUCCAUUAUAAAGACGUCCGGCUCUUCAUCAUAGACCACAACCAGGUGGAUUGGCGUAUUGCCAUGACCACCAACCGUGUGCUCUGCAUUUCUCUGGAGUUAUUGGUCUGUUCCCUCCACCCAGUGGGCAUCUACUUGGGUCCCUUAACUUCAGGGGCAAACUCUUCCUCCUCCACUCCCCCCCCAGUUACGACACCGCUGUGCCUCUGCAGCAGUCCCAUGGAGACAUGGCUGGAGUUGGAGCUAGUGCUAUCAGCACUGAUGUUCUUGCGCCUGUACCUGGUGCACCGGGCCAUUCUGCUUCACAGCAAGGUGCUGCUGAGUGCCUCAUAUAGGAGCAUUGGCUCACUUAACAACAUCAACUUCACUUUCCGCUUCGUUCUCAAGGUACUCAUGAACAAGUAUCCGGCACGCACACUCCUGGUUUUUAUCAUGCUCUUCUGGUUUACCUCUGCCUGGAUGCUACGGCUGUGUGAAAGGCAGGCCCAGGUGGAGACAGGUGGUAUGGGUACAGCUCUCUGGCUCAUCGCUAUCACCUUCCUAACAGUAGGUUAUGGAGACGUGUCUCCCACAACUACCUGUGGCAAAGUGGUCUGCCUCUUCGCAGGCGUCAUGGGUGUAGCGUGCACUGCCAUGUUAGUUGCAGUAGUUACGAAGAAGCUGGCACUGAAUAAAGGAGAGAAACAUGUUCACUUCUUCAUGAUGGAUAUCCAGAUCUCUAAAGAGAUUCGCAAUGCUGCUGCUAAUGUGCUGAGGGAAUGCUGGCUUCUCCAUCGCACCAUACAGGCCAGGGACAAGCACAGCGAGCACCGACGACACCAGAGAUGUCUUCUGGAGGCCAUUCGUAUAUUCCGUCACCUACGGCUGAAGCAGAGAAAGCUGAGGGACUACACAAGUGAGAUGGUGGACCUCUCCAAGAUGCAGAUGAUAAUGUGUGACCUGAGUGCUAACUGGAACAACUCAUACCGAGAGCUUGAGCAGCGUAUCAUCUCUAUGGAGCAGAAGCUGGAUGAGUUGGGCCAGUCAUUUCAGUGCACAUCCGAGCUCCUGAGCAAAGCACUGCAGCACCGACACCUUGUCCACAGGUGACGUGUGGCAUAUCGUUCCUCCGAAACAAUACAGCGGAGGCUCAGAUCAAAACUGCACAAAACUACUUGGAUCAGCAUAAACGGAGGACAUGUGAUUACUUUUUCAACAGACCUCCAGGGAGCAGUUGCUGCACGGACGUCUUUUUUGCAAAUGGGAAGAUUACCGCUCUUGGAUAUGGAAUUAGGACGAAAAUCAAAUGUAUUUAUGACAAUAUUUAUAUGUAUCUAUAUCUGCAGCACUGUGGUUCGGUGUUUGAUGCUUUUCAGGUUUAGUGAAAAUGUUUUCCUUUUUAAAUUCCAUAGUGCUUUAAAAGACAAAGUGAUCUUAAAGCUUUUUGAGCCCAUUUAAGACCAAGAACUUUAUUUUUAGCAUCAAAUAUCAUAAAUAGAUUUUUGCCCAGCUGUGUUUAUUCUUCAGGAUGUAGUAUUAUUAAUACUGAGCAUAAUGUAUUUGAUACCAAUCUUGAUAUGAAUCUGGUAUCCUGUUGUAAUGCCACACAUUUCCUUCAAUGUACCAAUGUUACACUUGUGGGUUGAACUCAACAUUUGGCAUAAAACCAAAUUUUAAAAAUGAUCAGCUUCUGAAAGGUAGUAAGCAUGAUUUAGGAUGCAGUCUGUAUUUCCGUUGUUAAGGAAAUCUAGUGGCUCCUUCCAAGACGAUCCCAAAUGGGGAAAAAAAUUAUAAAACAGCAUUUUUUAAAUUUUAUUUUAGCUAACCGUCUAAACCACACAUUUGGCGUCUUAUAAUAUUGGCAUGUUUACUGAAUCUUAGGUCUAUUUUUGACAGUACUAGCAUCUUCUAGAAAUUCAGCAUGCCAGAUCAAGUUCAAAUUGUUGAUGCCACCAUAUUAAUGUAAGCGGUCAAAUUGUAAGGGAAAAAAACGGUGCCAAACAUAGCUAGGGUACUUUUGUGACCUUGUCUAAAAUGUACCUUAAAGUAGUUAUAUAUCUCAUUAUAAUUGAAAUACUCGAAUUUGGUGUCACAGUUACAGGCUUGGAGUUUAAUUAGUUAUGUGGGCUCUUGUGGGUGUUCUCAUUAUUUUCUGAAGAGCAGCCGAAAGCCAAUACAGAAGAUCCGACAGCAUCAGAGGUAAUAGUCUGUUUAAUUUCUCAUGAAUUAGUUGUAAUUAGACAUGUAAAGAAGGAAUGUAAAUCUGUUCAUUCUUUUACUCUGCACUAGUCAAACAAAGUGCUUCGAACUAACAUAUCAAAGCAGUCGGAUGAAUUAAAAGCCAGUGUAAGAAAUUCUUAAGAAAUUAAGAAUGACAUUUUUUUGGCUCCCAAGAUAAAAAUAAUAAAAAGACAAUGUUGUAUCUGCAGUACGACUUUCAAUAAACAGAUGUUUUAAUUCAA